CGUAGUUGGACACCUUUUCACCAUCAUGUCUUCUGAAGAAGGAAAGUUGUUUGUUGGGGGGCUGAACUUUGACACUGAUGAGCAAGGUCUGGAGCAGCAUUUCAGCUCUUUUGGUCCAAUUUCUGAAGUUGUAGUGAUCAAGGACAAAGAAACCCAGAGAUCACGAGGCUUUGGCUUUAUCACCUUUGCCAAUCCUGAGCAUGCGUCAGAUGCCAUGAGAGCCAUGAAUGGAGAGUCUGUAGAUGGGCGCCAGAUCAGAGUUGACCACGCAGGGAAAUCUUCGCGAGGAUCCAGAGGCGGCUAUUUUGGUGGAAGGGGGCGAGGCCGUGGCUAUUCCAGAGGUGGUGGAGACAGAAGCUAUGGUGGACGCUAUGACAACAGAAGCGGAGGUUACGGUGGUUCCCGGGAUUACGGCAGAAGUCAGGGAAGCUAUAGCGACCGCUACUCUUCAGGAGGCUCUUACAGAGACAGCUACGACAACUGAGCUCACACCGAGUAAAAAUCCUUCCUGAAUCAAGAUCGUCCUUCCAAUGGCCGUAUUUAUAAAGAUUUUUGGAGCUUCGCUGAAUCUUUAGUUACCUACUUGUAUCUUCCCCUAUAUAGUUUUUUUGUCACAAUGCAGCCCGAAAGCUUCCUCUACAAGAUGGCCUGUUUAGACUUUGCUCAAGAGUUUCUUUUUUCAAGAGUGAUUUUUUAAAGCAUUUUUGAAGUCCAGUUUUAUUUGUCUUUCGCAACCCAAGGUUUUCUUUUUAACUUGACUUAAAUGGAGCCCUAAAAGAUUAUAGUAAACUGGAAGCCGAGUAAAAUUUACUUUUGAAAAGUGCAAUGCACUUUUUGGAGUUCGACUCUUAGCAUCACAAGGGAGGGUGAUAAAGGCAAAAAGCCACCUUGGUGUUACUGAAAGGAUUAAAUGGUUCAUAUUGAUCAGAAUAAAAUCUGUUUUACUGUAUAGUACACCUAAGACUCUGACGCUUUGAGAGGUUCUUGAAAAUGUUUGUUUAUAUUGUCCUUUUUUUACUGGAAGACGCGUGCAUAUAAUUCCAUUGACAUUGUAUUUGAAGUGGAUAAGGAAGUUCCUGUAUUGAGUUUUUGGCUUUACGAAGCCCAUUAAAAUCCCAUCUGAAACAA